GUUAUUUUUAUUUUUUUUCCUUUUUCUUCUCCUCUCCCUUUCCGCUCAAUCUCUCUCUCUCUCUCUCGAUCUCCCCCUCCUCUCCCUUUCGUUCCUUUCCGCACAAAGGCACGUUCAUCGUUCAUGGAAGCUCUCAAACAAACAAACCAGGAAACCUGGAAAGAGAUUCAAAUGUAGCCAGCAGCGAUAGCAGCAGCACCAGAAGAAGAAAUCAACACAAGAAUGUGUCUCCUUCUCCGCCGUUCUCAUCGAUCUCCUUCUUCUGUUUCAGGUGGGUUAUGAUCAACUAGAGGCGCCACGAUGUUUGAAGAAGGAACCGCGUUUGUUUGGAGGCUGAUGACCAGCUCCGAGUCAUAUGGCCCGUUUCUUUUCCGGUGGUUCUUAACUGCAGCAUUGGGUGUUCUGGCACUUGCGUAUGCGAUCCUUAUAUGGCAGAGAAGGACAUCACUGAAUUGGGUUAAAGCAGCUGCUAGAGCAAAGAAAGAAGCUUGGAAGAAACUGAAUGUUCCUCGAUCAUCUCAUUCGUGGAUGGAAGAUUUAGCACAGAUUAGGCUGCCUUCCACUUGCUGUGUUUGCCUCACUUCCUUAGUGUCACCAACUAACGCAUCGAAAUCUGCACCCCACAGUACCUCUUCGGUCCAUCGUUGCUCUGUCUGCGGUGUUGCUGCUCAUUUCUACUGUUCGGAGUUUGCUGCAAAGGACUGCAAGUGCGUCGCCCAAGCUGGAUUCAUUCAAGUCCAGCACCAAUGGUCGGAGAGAUGGUCUAAAAUGGAGGAAAUAUCAGAGAUGUCUGCCUUUUGUUGUUACUGUGAUGAUCCUUGUGGCGUUCCUUUCGUUACUGACUCGCCCACGUGGCACUGCCUAUGGUGUCAGCGGCUUAUACAUGUCAAAUGCCAUUCUAAGUUGUCAAAAGAAUCUGGAGAUGUUUGUGAUUUGGGUCCCCUAAGUCGAAUUAUUCUCUCUCCACUCUGUGUGAAGGACCUGGAUGAUAAAGGCUCUUCAAGUUCUACCCCAGAGGAAAUCCCAGUUUCUACAUUUCGUGGACAGCUGAGAAGGAGGCGCACCCGGGGUAAAAAUGGAAACAAUCACUCUGCCAAUGGUAAGUUGCAAGAUGCACCAUCAGCUACAACUAAGGCCCUGGAUUAUUUGCUAAAUGGGCUUGUUAAUCUGAAGAAAUCCGGAAGUGACAAAACCAGCAACAAUCGCAACAAGAGGGAUGGCAGAUCUAAUGGUCCAGUCAAUGGAUUGACACACAAGAAAGAUGGAACUACCUUCAACAGUCAACUUAAAAGAUAUGCUUUGGUCAAUCUAUCUCAGGAUGCAAGACCCCUUCUUGUUUUUAUUAAUUUCAAGAGUGGAGGACAACUCGGUUCUUCUCUCCGAAGUAGGCUGAACUUGCUGUUAAAUCCGGCUCAGGUGUUUGAACUAAGUUCUUCUCAAGGGCCUGAGGCUGGUUUGCAGCUGUUCAGCGAUGUGCAGUAUUUCAGGAUUCUGGUUUGUGGUGGAGAUGGCACAGUUGCAUGGGUCCUCGAUGCAAUCGAGAGGCAUAAUUUCGAAUCCCCUCCCCCUGUUGCUGUGCUUCCUCUUGGCACGGGGAAUGAUUUGUCAAGGGUAUUGCAGUGGGGGAGAAGUUUCAAAAUGGCAAAGCGACAAGGUGGCUUGUGUGCUAUUUUGCACGAGGUCGACCAUGCUGCAGUUACAAUGCUAGAUAGAUGGAAAGUAAAUAUUAUAGAGGAGAACCUAGAAGGGCACACGAAGAACGAACAAUCAAAGUUCAUGAUUAACUAUUUAGGGAUUGGGUGUGAUGCUAAACUAGCGUAUGAAUUUCAUGUAACUCGGCAGGAAAAGCCUGAAAAAUUUAGCAGUCAGUUUGUGAAUAAAUUACGAUAUGCUAAAGAAGGUGCGAGGGACAUAAUGGACAGAGCUUGUGCAGAUUUGCCAUGGCAAGUGUGGCUUGAAGUUGAUGGAAAGGACGUUCAGAUCCCUAAGGAUACUGAGGGUUUAAUUGUCCUGAACAUUGGCAGCUACAUGGGUGGAGUGGAUCUGUGGCAAAAUGAUUAUGAGCAUGAUGAUGAUUUUACCCUUCAGUCCAUGCAAGAUAAAAUGCUCGAGAUUGUAUGCGUUCGGGGAGCCUGGCACCUUGGGAAAAUCCAGGUUGGACUUUCGCAAGCAAGGAGGUUAGCACAAGGGAAUGUUAUCAGAAUACACGCUUCGAGCUCAUUCCCAGUCCAGAUAGACGGGGAGCCAUUCAUCCACCAGCCGGGUUGCCUAGAAAUUAAACACGACAGCCAGGUUUUCAUGUUGAGGAGAACACUGGAGGAGCCAAGAGGGCACGCAGUUGCGAUAAUGACAGAAGUAUUGGCGGACGCAGAGUGCAAAGGAAUCAUCAACACAUCGCAACGGAAGAUCCUGCUGCAGCAAUUGGCUCUCAACCUCUCCUGAGUUCCGGAUCCAGACGACGAGUCCUCAUUCGACUCGGAUUAACAAAGCUCGUCACCACGGCUUUUUUUUUGCUUCAUUAACAUUGCCUUAGCUUCUCACGAUACUUGUUUCUAAUCUUUUUGUUUGGUAUAUAGGAGUCGAUCACACUCACAAAAGCACAUUAUUGAUUCCUAGAGUAAAUCUUUUUGCUCCCUAGCCAGGCCCAACUGUCAGAUGACAAGGAAACUGGCAGUUUGAAGGGAAAGAAAGGCCUUGUAACAGAACAGAGAAGAAAAGCAAUAGUGUACCAUUAAAAAUAUCACAGUUAAUACGAAUUCCGAUCCUAUGAUCAUUCAUGUACUGCUUCAGUGUAGUUUGCAGA